CUGAAGCGUUCGCCGCCUAGCAAACUUUACUUAUCUGUACCGGACGUUGUGUCUAUGGCAACGAAUAAUUGUGUGAACCCUUUAUCUGUAGAAGAAGAAGAAGACGAUGAAGCAGAGCGGAGUCUGGAGUCUCGGGUUCCCGUGAAGGUGCUGCGGGCUCACACGGACUCCGUCACUGCCGCUCGGUUCUGCCUCGGCGACCGGUGCCUCGUCAGCUGCUCGUCGGACCGCAGCGCCAUCCUCUGGGAUGUUCAGAGCUGCAGACCUCUCAGGGUGUUGGACGGGCUCCACAAACGGGCCAUCAGUGAUUGCGCUGUGAUCCCAAACAGCAGCAGGAUCAUCACUGUGUCCUGGGAUAAGAAGAUUGCAGCCUGGGACCUGGAGACCGGACAGAUUCUGUGGCAGUGGAAACGCGCCGGCCUGCUGACCUCCUGCCACGCCUCGUCCGACGGCCGGUGGCUUGUUUGUGCAGCAGAGCCACAGAGCGUUGUUUACAUCAGUGACGCAGCCACCGGACAGACUCAGCACCAACUGAGCGAGCAUCACCGCUCCACCAUCACACGCUGCCGGUUCGACCCUCAGAGCCAGCGAGUGGCCACAGUGUCGUCAGACCGCAGAAUUAUUCUGUGGGACCUUUUGGCCCAGAAAACCACUGUAUCCAUCAACAGUAACCACGACAACGUGGUGUCCGACUGCUGCUUCACAGGGAACGGACAUUUCCUGAGCACGGCAUCAUGGGAUAAAUCACUGAAACUGUGGGAUCUGCAGGCGGGAGGGUUUCGAUCUCACGGUGGGACCAAGCUGCAGAGAGGCCAUGCAGGCAGCGUGAGCUCCUGCAGCUUCUCUGCUGAUGCCAGCCUGCUGGUGUCUGGCUCUUAUGACAGGACGGUUGCUCUCUGGGAUGUGUCCUCGCUGUGUCAGGUUCUGACCCUGAAGGGCCACAGUGACUGGGUGACAGACGUGUCAGUCAGCGCUGACAGGAAGUUGGUGGCCUCCGCCUCUAAGGACGGGACUGUCAGACUAUGGGACAUAGAGAACAUGGAAGCGAUUCCAGAGGUGAUGGAGAAGAAGAGGACUGAAGGAUCAGGGGUUCACAUCCUCAAGUGUGAGGAGUGUGACGAUCCCUUCCCAGUGUCCAGUCUGCUGACGUCUGACUCGCUGGCCCGGUGCGUCUUCUGCAGACUCAAAUCUCCUUCCAAAUACCAACCCCAGCUUCCGCCUCUCGUAUAGUUUCCUGUCCAGGUCAAGGGUCAGUCAGAUACUAACAGCUGGUAGGGAUUCAACAUCAGGGACACUGAACAGUGGGAGGUCCCAGGAGGUAGUGAUGAAGAUGUUUACUGGCUACCUUGAUGUUUAAACCCUGCUGUAAGUGACUGUGAUAUGUCUAUUUAUUCUUUGAAACACUGUAGUUUCAGCUGCUUUAGGUUUUUCUCCACACCGUUGCCAGACGAGCAG